CAAUUAAUUGAUAGUUACCCUGACCAUACGAGAGAAUGGUUUAACAGGACUACUGCCAAAAAAUUCAUCCCCGUAGGACCACAUCCUAAUCUCACUACACCCAUCAUAUCUAAUACUCAUAUAUGUAACUCAUCGGAGGUAGAUAUCUUGAUUUAUUUUCAUAGUUUAUGGAGUCAUUUCGAGCACCGUAGAAUACUUCGCGAGUCCUGGGCCAAUAAGAACGUGUUCUCAGACAUCAAAGUGAGAACAAUUUUCAUUCUUGGAAAACCACCGACCAAGGAGGAGCAGUUAAUGAUAGUGAACGAGAAUUUGAAUACUCGGGAUAUCGUGCAGGGUAACUUUGAAGAUACUCACGGAAAUUUAACACUUAAAAGUAUGCAAGCCAUGCAGUGGAUAAAUGACAACUGUUUACAUGCCAAAUACAUCGUCAAAGCUGACGACGAUAUGUUCAUCAAUAUAUUCGCCAUGACUGAAUUUCUUGUAUCCCAAAUCUUUCAUAAGAAUAAAGUGAUUAUGUGUUCCCUCAAAGAGAAUAACACCAGUGUGAUAGUUAGGGACCGCAACAGUAAAUGGUUUGUUCCGGAUCAUAUUUACAAAGGCCAAAAAUAUUAUCCAAAAUUCUGUGGCGGAUUUUUUGUUCUCUUUUCUUCGGAUCUCGUGCCUGAGCUUUAUAAAUUUACAUUUACUUCACAAUAUUUUUCCAUAGACGAUGCUUAUCUCUUUGGAAUGGUGCUCGGACAAGUGAAAGACGUCCGUUAUGAAGACAUUGGAGGUGCUCUAACUUUGAAUUUAAAGUCCGGACUUGAAGAGUAUAAUGGUAGUGGCCCACUCAUUCACGUGGGCGUCCUGGCGUGGGACGACGGGGGAAUAGAGCAACUCUGGCUGGCGACCCUCUCUAAGAUGACUCGGUGGACGAGGAACCACGCAAACAUUGCUAUGGUACAGGAGGCAAUGAGGAAAGCAGCGGGACAGCAUUUCAUAUAGAAUCGUAAUUAUAAUAAGUAUAAUGGGACUUCACAGGAGUGAAAGUGAGAGUUGAUGGUUUGCAUGUUUUGUAGCUAACAGGAUUGAUUAAUUGAGUAUGUUUAACUUGGGGCAUAAUUUAAAAAAUGUGAUCGAUUUUGUAUUUUGAGUUUCUGUAAUCAUACUCCCUGUUAUGAAUAAAAUUUUGUUUAGAAUUUAAAA